AUGCAAAAUGAAACGCGUGAAGAAAGGUAUUACCGACACCCUGCAUCCACCGAUUCUCUCCCUCACUCUCACACACAGACACUCAUCGAUUCACCGCAGCAGAUGAAGCACCAAACAUGGCCUCGCGCCUCUCCUUCGCCUUUCUCCUCCCUCCCUUUCUCCAACGCUACAGCUCCCCAAUUCUCCACCCGUUCCACGCGCCCUCCGCCGUCCCCUCCCGCCGCUGACUUCACGGCGCUCCCAUACGACGUGCUGGCGAAGAUCGCCGCCUCCUUCGACCACCCCAACCUCCGCGCGGCGUCGCUCGUGUGUCGUGCGUGGUGUGAGGCGCUGCGGCCGCUGCGGGAGGCCAUGGUGAUGCUCCGCUGGGGGAAACGCUUCAAGCACGGCCGCCGCGGCGUCCGACCCAACGCCGACAAGGCCCUCGAGUCGUUCAUGAAAGCCGCCGCGCGUGGCUCCGCCCUCGCCAUGGUCGACGCCGGCCUCAUUUACUGGGAGAGAGGGGAGAAGCCCAAGGCUAUGGAAUUGUAUCUCAGGGCUGCGGAACUCGGAAACCCUUCUGCGCAGUGCAAUUUGGGAAUUUCCUAUCUCCAAGUUGAACCUCCGAACACUGAACAAGCUUUAAAAUGGUUAUAUAAAGCAUCUGUGUGUGGGAAUGUUCGUGCUCAGUACCAGCUUGCGCUUUGUCUGCAUAGAGGUGGUGGGAGGGUCCGUAGCAACAUGAAAGAAGCUGCAAAAUGGUAUAAGAAAGCUGCAGAGGGUGGGUAUGUCCGUGCUAUGUAUAAUAUCUCAUUGUGCUUCUCCAUUGGGGAAGGACUGUCACGUAAUCAUCAACUAGCUAGAAAAUGGAUGAAGCGCGCUGCAGAUCGUGGUCAUAGUAAAGCUCAAUUUGAGCAUGGACUUGCGCUCUUUUCUGAGGGAGACAUGAUGAAGGCUGUGGUGUACUUGGAACUUGCUACUCGAGCUGGUGAAAAAGGUGCGGCUCAUGUCAAGAAUGCAGUUCUUCAUCGGCUUUCAUCAGCUUCACGCGAUCAUGCCAUGCAUCUAGCUGACAGUUGGCGUGCCUUGCGAUCAGUUUGA